UCCAGAAAGCCCUAAAACCCACCCUGAGAUUCAUAAAGCUUCUACUUCUUCGCGAACUCAAAGUUUCAAAACCUCACACUCACUCUCUCAGCCACUUUGAUUUUCAGUCGAGCAGUAGAAGAAGAAGAAGAUGUCUCUACGAGUUUUGAAUCCAAAUGCGGAGGUGCUGAACAAAUCGGCGGCUCUGCACAUGAACAUCAACGCAGCCAAGGGCUUGCAGGACGUCCUCAAAACCAACCUUGGCCCUAAGGGCACCAUCAAAAUGCUUGUUGGUGGAGCCGGUGACAUCAAGCUCACUAAAGAUGGCAACACUUUGCUUAAAGAAAUGCAAAUUCAAAACCCAACAGCAAUUAUGAUAGCAAGAACAGCUGUUGCCCAAGAUGACAUAAGCGGAGAUGGCACCACGUCUACUGUCUUAUUCAUUGGCGAGCUUAUGAAACAAUCAGAGCGAUACAUUGAUGAAGGGAUGCAUCCACGUGUCCUAGUUGAUGGCUUUGAGAUUGCCAAAAGAGCAACGCUUCAGUUUAUUGAGAAAUUUAAAACUCCUGUGGUGAUGGGCAAUGAGCCUGACAAAGAGAUUCUAAAAAUGGUAGCUAGGACAACGUUGCGAACAAAGUUAUAUGAAGCAUUGGCGGAUCAAUUGACUGACAUAGUUGUUAAUUCAGUUCUUUGCAUACGCAAACCUGAAGAAUCCAUUGAUCUGUUCAUGGUGGAGAUUAUGCACAUGCGACACAAGUUUGAUGUUGACACACGCUUGGUUGAGGGUCUUGUCCUUGAUCAUGGUUCUAGGCAUCCUGAUAUGAAGCGAUGGGCAGAGAAUUGUUACAUCUUGACAAGCAAUGUAUCUUUGGAGUACGAGAAAAGUGAAGUAAAUUCUGGCUUUUUCUAUUCAAAUGCGGAACAGAGAGAAGCCAUGGUUUUAGCUGAAAGGCGUCAGGUUGAUGAAAGAGUUAGAAAAAUCAUUGAGCUGAAAAAUAAGGUUUGUUCUGGUAAUGAUAAUAAUUUUGUCGUUAUCAAUCAGAAGGGAAUUGAUCCCCCAUCUUUGGACCUUCUCGCUAGGGCAGGGAUUAUUGCCCUGAGAAGAGCAAAGAGGAGGAAUAUGGAACGGUUGGUUUUGGCUUGUGGAGGGGAGGCUGUAAACUCAGUAGAUGAUUUAACUCCUGAUUGCCUUGGUUGGGCUGGACUUGUAUAUGAGCAUGUCCUUGGUGAAGAGAAGUAUACAUUUAUUGAAAAUGUGAAGAACCCUCAUUCUUGCACAAUCUUAAUCAAAGGGCCUAACGACCAUACAAUCGCCCAGAUUAAGGAUGCUGUUCGUGAUGGCCUGAGGGCAGUCAAAAAUACAAUUGAAGAUGAAGCUGUCAUCUUAGGUGCUGGAGCUUUUGAAGUUGCAGCCAGACAACAUUUAGUAAAUGAAGUAAAGAAAACUGUUCAAGGGCGAGCUCAACUUGGUGUUGAAGCUUUUGCUGAUGCUCUCCUUGUGGUGCCCAAAACACUUGCUGAGAACUCUGGCCUUGACACGCAAGAUGUGAUAAUUGCUCUUACGGGAGAGCAUGAUCGGGGAAACGUCGUGGGAUUAAAUCACCACACUGGAGAACCCAUUGACCCACAAAUGGAGGGUAUCUUUGACAACUACUCUGUGAAGCGACAAAUUAUAAACUCAGGACCCGUAAUUGCAUCUCAAUUGUUGUUGGUUGAUGAAGUAAUUCGUGCUGGACGCAACAUGCGGAAGCCAACUUAGCUUCAGCGGAUGCUUUUGGCUAGCUGAAGCUUCUCUUUUUGUAUUCAGUGCAAUGAAUUGAUUGAAAGUUGAAACUAGCUUCAUGUAACUGACUGAGGGCAGUUGUGUUGAGGAUUGUUAGAGGGAAUCUGUAUUUGCAUCUGCUGUGGAAUUUUCUUAUGAAUGAGGAAUUUGUGUAAUAUACAUCUAGUUUGGCUGAAUGUUUCGAGCUGUUCUUAUUUUCCACUCCUUUUUUAGGUUGAAUCGGUUCAACCAGGGUGGAGGAGAAUUAUAUGAUUUUGGUUGGGCCUGUGUCCUAUGAAAUUUUAACUAUUAAUAGAAUUUUCGAGUUAUUGCUCUUUGUAUUAA